AUGGCGCGAACCCACGUGAGGGACAGCCCCUUGCUAUUCCUGGCUACUGGAGGUUCAGGUUUUGAUUCAGGACAACCGCCCGGAAUCCGCAGUCAGCUGGGGUCAGGCAGCCCCGCCACGGCGUGCCUCGGCUGCCCCCUGGUGGCCAUGACUGAGCAGCGCCUCCUUGGAUCCCGCUCCAGCGGAAUCGAACUGCAGGCUUGCAGGCCUUCUCCACCCCCACCUCCCACCCCCAGCUAUAAGGGUCCCUGCCCCAAGCAGGAUGCCCAGGUUGCAGGUGCCAUGGCCAAGUCAUACCUGCUGCCAUGGUUGCUGCUGCUGCUCAUGCUCUGUGGUCCAGGCUUUGCUGUCUGGACCACUUCAUCCCCGGCCUGUGCCCAGGGUCCCGAGUUCUGGUGCCAAAACCUGGAGCAAGCUGUGCAGUGUAAAGCCCUGGGGCAUUGCCUGCAGGAAGUCUGGGGGCAUGUGGAAGCUGAUGACCUAUGCCAGGAGUGUGAAGACAUCAUCCGCAUCCUUACAAAAGUGGCUAAGGAGGCCAUUUUCCAGGACACAAUUCGCAAGUUCCUGGAGCAUGAGUGUGACGUCCUCCCCUUGAAGCUGCUAGUGCCCCAGUGCCGCCACGUGCUUGAAGUCUACUUCCCCCUGGUCAUCGACUACUUCCAGAGCCAGAUUACCCCAAAGACUGUCUGCCGGCAUGUGGGCCUGUGCCAGUCUGGGCAGCCAGAGACAGAGCAGGAGCCAGGGGUGGCAAACUCUCUACCUGACCCUCUACCAGACAAGCUUUCCCUCCCUAUGCUGCAAGGGACCGUCUUUAAGCAGUUUGGGCCUCAUACUCAGGACCUCUCUGAGCAGAGGCUCCCCAUCCCCCUGCCCUACUGUUGGCUCUGCAAGACUCUCCUCAAGCGAGUCCAAGUCGUGAUCCCCAAGGGUGUGCUGGCUGUGGCUGUGGCCCAGGUGUGCCACGUGGUACCCCUGGUGGUGGGUGGCAUCUGUCAGUGCCUGGCUGAGCGCUACACAGUCCUUUUGCUGGAUGUACUGCUGGGUCGCAUGCUGCCCCAGCUGGUCUGCGGCCUUGUCCUGCGAUGCACCACUGAGAAUGGUAUUGUCCCAGCCCCCCCAGCUCUAGGAUCUCUGGCAGAGGAGGGGCUGCUGCAAGACUCCGAGUGCCAGCUCUGCAUGUCAGUGACCACUCAGGCAUGGAACAGCAGCGAGCAGGCCAUGCCGCAGGCAAUGCACCAGGCUUGCCUCAACUACAGUUCAGAUAAGCAGAAGUGCAAGCAAUUUGUGGAGCAGCACACCCUCCAGCUGCUGGCCCUGUGGCCCAAGGCCUCGGAUGCCAGUACCAUCUGCCAGGAUCUAGGAGUGUGUGCAGCCACCUUCAGCCCUCUCCAGUGUUUCCGAAGCCCCUAUCUCUGAUGGGAACUCAGCCUUCAGGUAAGUCUGUCUUAGCUGGGGAUGGGGUAGGCUUGACUUCCAGGGUGUCUGGCAAGCAGGAAGAAGGUGGUGGUUCCUGAAGGCUGCUCCAUCCUA